UCAAUUUCAAUGUACAAAGCUUGUCGUAAUUAUACCGUUUUGCAUUAUCAUUACUAAACUAUUUGCAAUCAACUGUUAAGGAAAUCAUACACCAGCGCAGGGAUGUUAUAAAUUUUACACGUGGGCUAUAAAUGAAAUUUUAUUAUUGUUUCUCAUGUUAAUAAUCCAUUGUAUAAAAUUCCCGUAAACAAUCUGAGUAAGGAGUACUGGAACAUAACGAUACAGCCAGACAUCGAAGUAUGAAUUUGAAGAAUUUUGGUUUAUUGCUUCAGUUCACAGUUUGCUUGUUUCAGACAUUUAUCAAUGGACAACAGUAUAAAGAAUGUGGCGGCAAGCCAGCAGAUAUCAUGUUUGCUCUGGAUUCGUCUGCCAGCAUUCCGUUCAAGGAUUUCCAAAAAGAAAUAAACUUUACACAAAACUUAAUAAAAAUAUUUGAUAUUGGUUCAGACAAAACUCGAGUUGGGCUAGUUACAUUCAGUACAACAGUUGUCCCAGUACUCCGUGUGGGAGAGUUUGAAACUAAAGCCGAGAUAUUAGAAAAGACAAACGGGAUACAGUUUCAAGGAGGUAACACCAAUACUGCUGAAGCUCUAAGUUACAUUAGAAAGAAAGGUUUCAAGGCCACCGAGUCUAUAGGUCGACCUAAGAUAGCUAUAAUAUUGACCGAUGGUCAGUCAAAUGACGUAGUACGGACAAUAACGGAAGCUGCCAAGACAAAGACAGAUGGAAUAGCUGUAUUUGUCAUUGGAAUAGGCUCUCAGGUAGAUGAAAAGGAACUGGAAGCUAUUGCAACCAAACCAUUGUCACAUUAUAUGUUAAAGAUAGGAAACUUUGAUGCAUUGGACUCAAUCAAAGAUGAACUGGCAAUUAAAGCAUGUGAAGUUGUUCCCGUUACACCAGCGCCACCUACUGAGCCCAUGAUGAAUGAUGAUGAAGUACUGUACGGAGAAGGCACAUGUUCUCCUGCCAAACCUAUGAGUAUUGCAUACGCAGUGGAUACGUCAUCAAUUGGUGCUGAAAAUGCGUACUUUGUAAUGGUCCUGAUAAAUAGAAUUGCAUCGAGGCUCCGAAUGGACAAGCAACAAAUCAGCUUAAGUGUCUUGACAAGCUCGUGUGGCCUCCAGUCACAGGAUGGCGGACUCAUAGAUCAUGUUCAUGACCAAAAAUCGUUACAGAACAGUCUUGACACCAUGAUCUCAGCCUCGUUCCAGAGUUUACUUCGAGAUAUGAGACAGAAAAUCCAAUCGGACAAAGGUAUAAAGGUCGGUUUCAUCUUUCUAAGUCGACCCCUGAGCAAGGAAGAAUUCCACAAGUCUGAACUGGAAUCUAGAAGGGCUAAAUUUAAGAAAAUUCACAUAUUUGUAGUGGGGAUUGGAUCACGCUUGGAUGAGUCGCAAGCUGUUGGUUUGACAGUGGAAAAGAAUCAUUACAUGCAUACUGAUUCGUAUGAUACCCUGUACGAGCUGGAAGGGCCUAUCUUGUACCGCAUUUGUAAAUUAAAUUAACAUCCAAGUUAACAUUUGG